CGUUCGGAGGAAGAAGUACCGCCUUCUCUCCCAGGGUCCGCCCAUUGCAGCUGUAGACCCCGCCCCCCCGGGGGACUCCGACGUAUCAUAGGGGCAGACCUCUGGGGAGGCGGAGGCCCGCGGGGCUGGGGCGGAGCCUAGGGAGGAAAGGUCGAACCAGAGGGCAGAAGGCGGGACCUAGGGAAGGAUCAGACUUUUAGAGGCAAGGAAAACUCGAGGGGCGGGGCUUAGGAGAGCCAGAGGAAUGGAAGAACCAGGGAAAGAGGGGCGGGGCCCCGGGUUCUGAGCCGUGUUCAGGGUGGAAGAGUGGGCUUGGGGGCGUGGCUAGCCGUAAAGCGUAGGCCUCGGGGAGGGAGUCAAUAGGCGGGCAGGCCCUGCAGAAAAGCUGAACCCUAGAGAGCGCUGACUGUAAACAACCAAGCUCAUUUCUGCCGCACCUGCGCAUACUAUUGCACUGUACCUUAGUGCCCAGCAAUAGCCACCUCUCCCUGCGUCCUGCCACGCCUCUGUUCUGUGUUGCUCCGUGACCCUUUGGGUGUUGCUUUAGUCGGUCAAGGGACAAAGAUUAAGCGCCUGCAAGAACAGGCUGAUGUCCAGGUCGAUUACAAUGAGUCUGUGCCCUCCGGGACCACAGAUCCUUAACCAGACAGAGAUGAUUGCAACGUAGUGUAAAAAGUGCUGUAGUAGGAGAACCAUCUAGAAGCAGCACUUAGCAGGAUUUGUGUGUACAGAGACAGAGGAAGGACGGGAGAAGGGCCCCAGGAAGGACUUCCAGGAGGAGAUGCCAUGUUGUUACAUACCAGAUAUAAUCUUGCUACAUACCAGACCAAUACUGUACUAAGUAUUAAAGACAAGAGGAAUGGGACAUGCUUCCUUCCCUCCGGAAGCUUACUUACAGCCUGGUAGAGGAAAUACGGUAAACAGAGCUCCAAAGACAGAAGUCACAGCUGUAGCCGAAGAGCAGCCUCUUCCAGGCAGUCAAGCACUAGCCCCCACCUCCCCAAGCAGAGCGGCCCUAGAUACUUCAAGCACCAAAACCAGGCCAAGAACCAUGAGCCAGGACAGCAAAGUGAAGACAACAGAAUCCAGUCCCUCUGCCUCCUCCACAACCAGGAAGAAGCUGCCUGUCCUAGAUCCAUCUGGGGAUUACUACUACUGGUGGCUGAACACGAUGGUCUUCCCAGUCAUGUAUAACCUCAUCAUCAUCGUGUGCAGAGCCUGCUUUCCAGACUUACAGCAUGGUUAUUUGGUGGCCUGGUUUGUACUGGACUAUACCAGUGAUCUGCUGUACCUACUGGACAUCGUGGUGCACUUCCACACAGGAUUCUUAGAACAGGGCAUCCUGGUGGUGGACAAGGGUAGAAUCGCCAGUCGCUACAUUCGCACAUGGGGUUUUGUGUUGGACCUGGCUUCCCUGAUCCCCACCGACCUGGUCUACAUGCAGCUAGGCCCCCACAUACCCACAUUGAGGCUGAAUCGCUUCCUUCGGGUGCCCCGCCUUUUUGAGGCCUUCGACCGCACAGAGACCCGCACAGCUUACCCGAAUGCCUUUCGCAUCACCAAGCUGAUGCUCUACAUAUUUGUCGUCAUCCAUUGGAACAGCUGCUUAUACUUUGCCCUGUCCCGGUACCUGGGCUUUGGGCGUGACGCCUGGGUAUACCCAGACCCAACACGGCCUGGCUUUGAGCGCCUGCGGCGCCAGUACCUCUACAGCUUUUAUUUCUCCACCCUGAUCCUGACUACUGUGGGUGAUACACCACUGCCAGCCCAGGAGGAAGAGUACCUCUUCAUGGUGGGUGACUUCCUGCUGGCCGUCAUGGGCUUCGCCACCAUCAUGGGUAGCAUGAGCUCUGUCAUUUACAACAUGAACACGGCAGAUGCAGCUUUCUACCCAGAUCACGCGCUGGUGAAGAAGUACAUGAAGCUACAACACGUCAACCGCAGACUGGAGCGGCGCGUCAUUGACUGGUACCAGCAUCUGCAGAUCAACAAGAAGAUGACCAAUGAGGUGGCCAUCUUACAACACUUGCCUGAGCGGCUUCGGGCGGAGGUUGCUGUGUCAGUGCAUCUGUCUACUCUGAGACGGGUACAGAUCUUCCAGAACUGCGAGGCAAGCCUGCUGGAGGAGCUGGUGCUGAAGCUGCAGCCCCAGACCUACUCACCUGGUGAAUACGUGUGCCGCAAAGGGGACAUUGGCCGAGAGAUGUACAUUAUCCGCGAGGGUCAGCUGGCUGUGGUGGCAGACGACGGUAUCACACAGUAUGCUGUGCUUGGGGCAGGGCUGUACUUCGGGGAGAUCAGCAUCAUCAACAUCAAAGGGAACAUGUCUGGGAACCGCCGCACAGCCAAUAUCAAGAGCCUCGGUUAUUCAGACCUGUUUUGCUUGAGCAAAGAGGACCUUCGAGAGGUGCUCAGUGAAUAUCCACAAGCCCAGGCUGUCAUGGAGGAGAAGGGCCGUGAGAUCCUGCUCAAAAUGAACAAACUGGAUGUGAAUGCUGAGGCAGCUGAGAUUGCUCUUCAGGAGGCCACAGAGUCCCGACUGAGAGGCCUCGACCAGCAGCUCGAUGAUCUGCAGACCAAAUUUGCUCGCCUGCUGGCCGAGCUGGAGUCCAGUGCACUCAAGAUUGCCUACCGAAUAGAAAGGCUCGAGUGGCAGACUCGAGAGUGGCCAGUAUCCGAGGACCUGGUCGAGGCUGAUAUUGACAGUGAGCCUGGGGAGGGAACUUCCAAGGAUGGAGGGGAAAGAGCUGACCAGGAGGGACCCCCAGGUCCAGAAUGACCCCAUUCCUGUCCCAAGGACUCCCACUUCCAAGUGAACCCAGAGUUGUAGGAAAGAUUGCCUGCAGAAACUCUGCCCUCCUGUUUGCUAUAUCAGAGAGGCAAGAGUGAAUUGGUCAGUAGAUGCCCAGCUAGGGAUGUGGGAGUAUAGAACACACUGAUCUCCCCAUUUAGCAGUACACACACACACACACACACACACACACACACACUUACACAAAAUUACACAUGCGCAUGCUGGCCCCAUUCUCAAAGCAUACAUGCUUUCUCAUAAGCAUGGGUGUAACAUAUACCCACAUAAUAUAUGCACAUUCAGUUAUGCACCUCCUAAACAUUUGCUGACAGUCAUACACCAAUAGAUGCCUUCCAUAGUUGUAUACAGGCUUGUGAAAACACAAAAACACACCCAGAGCCUUCCUGGUCCAAGAUGUCCUUUGAGUGUUACCAUAUUAGUGGCUUGCAAGUGUACCCUGCAAACUGUACUUCAAUAAAGUACUUGCCUCCUCACUAAGCAUUUAUGGGGCUAGAAAAAAAAACAAAACAAAACCAGUGAUGGGCCGGGUUGAAUUGUGUCUAAAUUCUGAGUCACAGAGUGAGGGGCAUGAGGUGUAUAGGACAUGGUAAGUUGGAUUCAGAACAAUUGGGGUACUGAAGAAUAAGGAAUCAGUACUGAACCAAAGUGAAGCAGGCUUGUGCAUGACACCGCUCUAAGUGUGUACCUGCUUUCCCAGGUAUAUUCACAUACACACACUGGCCACUGCAUAGCACACCACAGUGUAUGUCCUCAGCUUUGUGAAUUCUAAGGUGUUUGACCUAGUUGAGUGAGCCAGACUAGGUAACUUUGCUUCUACUCUUUUCUGGCCCUGACCUAACUUACCAGUUGCUGGAGCUGGCCUUGAUGCUGGCAGAAAUCCAACCCUCUUAUAUGAUAUUCCUAGACAUAGGACAGAGAGUAGAGACUAGGUAGGGUGGAAUAUCAUCCCCAGGGAUAAGCAGAGAUGAGUAUGCUUGAAAUACUUUGGUGUACUUUGAAGGAGAUCUGCUGGUUUAGGGUAGGAAAGUCUGACGUCAUCUCUGAAUCACAUUCAUCCUGGGUCACCAUUCAGCGACUCCAUGACAUGGUGCCAGUUAGCACUUUUAAGUGAGCCUGCAAUUAAAUUUAUAAUUUAAGUGGUAAGUCUCUAUUGUCAGGAGAGA